AUCCACGUCUUCCAUCAUCGCUUCUUCAACCCUCGUUCCGAGAUUUCUCUGAAACCCUCGAAGAAAUCCAUCCAAAUCUCCGAAACCCUAACCCUUCUGGCCUCCAUGGCCUUCUCCGCUGUUCUCUUUACUUCUACGAGUCCCUUGAAUGCUUUCUUUCGAGGUGGCAAGACGGGCUUUGCUCCUACACCGGUUGGGUUUCUGAAUUUCUCGGCGGGAUCUCUGACUGGGAUGCCGAGACCUCUCUUGUCGGCCCGUGGGAUUUUUGAUGGACGUUUGAGGUUUUCGGGGUCAGGAUCGAAGAUUUCGAGGGUGCCCGGCGUUGUUUACGCCACUGCCGCAACGGAGAAGAGCAUCUAUGAGUUCACUGUUAAGGAUAUUGAUGGGAAAGAUGUAUCUCUUAGCAAGUUCAAAGGGAAAGUACUGCUGAUAGUUAAUGUUGCUUCAAAAUGUGGGUUGACAACAUCAAACUACACGGAGUUGUCCCACAUCUAUGAGAAGUACAAAAAUCAAGGAUUUGAGAUAUUGGCAUUCCCUUGCAAUCAAUUUGGGGGUCAGGAGCCUGGGUCGAAUUCGCAAAUAAAGCAGUUUGCUUGCACAAGGUUCAAAGCAGAAUUCCCUAUCUUUGAUAAGGUUGAUGUGAAUGGACCAAACACAGCUCCAGUUUAUCAGUUUCUUAAGUCAAAUGCCGGAGGAUUUUUCGGUGAUCUUAUAAAGUGGAAUUUUGAGAAGUUCUUGAUAGAUAAAAAUGGCAAGGUUGUUGAAAGAUAUCAGCCGACCACAUCGCCUUUUCAGAUCGAGAAGGAUAUCCAGAAGCUCCUUGCAGCAUAAAGUACACCAAAAUUUCAGAUGUACAUAGGAGUGCUGCCUUGCUGAGAUCAUCUUUAAUGAAUUUAUAAUUUACUAAAUUGAUUUCUUAAAUAGCAAGAGAUUGUUCAUAUGCUCAUGUCAUACAGGUUGGAUGAUUUUGUUUAUAUUUCAUGUAUACUCCGUUUUGAUGAAUUGUUGAGGAGCUACAAUGUAUGUUGUUUAUGAUAUUUAUCAGAAAAUAAUAAAUGAACUCCAACUCAAAGCUUCCAAGGAGGAAUUGUUUUAA